AUGACAAGUACCUCCCCUUCCACUACUCAUCGCAUGAUGAUUCCAGCAGACGAAGUCUCGGACAUAUUUUCCGAUUUGACGCCCGUUCCACAAGACGAAGGACCUUUGGAACCAGUCUGUGCCAUUCAAUACCCUACUUCCUUUCGAAUAGCCUACGACUAUAUGCGAGCAAUCUGGCAAGUUAAGGAAUACAGUCCACGAGCCUUGCAACUUGCCGCAUUGUGCCUCCGACAAAACCCCGCCAAUUACACGGUCUGGCAAUGGCGUCGGCAAUGUUUGAAAGAAUUGGGUUUGCGGAAUGACAAGGAAGCGAUUCUGAAGGACUUGCAAUUGACAGCUACUUUGGGUGGAUCCAAUCCCAAGAAUUAUCAAAUUUGGUACCAUCGUCGGGCCUUGCUCGAGAGUUAUGGUGGUACUGCGGAUGGCAAAGAGCAACAACAAUUAUCACUACUCCGACAAGACUUUGGGGAAUCCGAACUGGCUUACUACGAAAGUGUGAUUGAUAUUGAUUCAAAGAAUUACCAUUGUUGGUCUAAUCGGCAGUGGUUCCUUUGUACUUUGAAUGACGACGACUUGUGGGAGAGGGAAUUGGAAUACACCGAAGAAUUGAUUGACGACGACCAGCGCAACAAUUCCGCAUGGAAUCAACGAUGGACCGUUGUCCACAAGGGUACCAAGAACCCAUUGUCACUGGAGAUUACCAAAUCAGAAGCGGACUUUUGCUUGACAAGUGGCUGCAAGGUUGACCCCUACAAUGAAUCUCCGUGGCGGUACUUGGUGGCCCUGUUACAGGAGCAACUCAAGCAUGAAAAAACUGACACGGCAGUGGCCGAGGAGAUGAUUCGGGAAUACGAACAAAAGUCGGCAAGUCUGGCGCAAAUAUUGGUGGAUGCACAACGGGAUCCAGAGAAAUGCGUGAACAUGACAUGGGCUCGUGUGGACAUGUUGGAAAUGGCGGGAGAUAAGGCAUCGUUGGAGCAGUCUGUACGAAUGGCACGAGAUCUUGAAACACAACACGAUGUGGUCCGUAACAAGUAUUGGAAGUUGCGAAUUAGCCAACUGCAAGAAAAGCUCGCUCAAAAUAAGUAA